AUGAUCGAAAGCGAGAGAUUACAUUUCAUAAGGAGCAAACAACAAAUUCUUAGAUGCGAGUCUUAUGAGAAUUUACGUAAUCAACAAGACCUCGGGAAUAAAGAUAUAUCCAACGUCGGACAACGUGUUAUCUUACCUUCAUCAUUCACUGGCGGUGCACGUUAUAUGAUGCAAAACUACCUUGACGCCAUGUCCUUAUGUAAAUGGUUUGGAUAUCCUGAUUUCUUUAUAACCUUUACAUGUAAUCCAAAAUGGCCUGAAGUUAAAAGGUUUCUUCAUAACACUUCACUGCAUCCAGAAGAUAGACCUGAUAUCUUAUGUAGGUUAUUCAAAAUAAAGCUCGAUGCUUUUAUUAAAGACAUACGGGAAAAUAAAAUUUUUGGCAUCGUUCAAGCAGUGGUCUAUACAAUUGAAUUUCAAAAAAGAGGUUUGCCACAUAGUCAUAUUUGUCUAUUUAUGCAUGCUGACUCAAAGCGGCCUACUGUUGAAUAUAUUGAUCCGAUUAUUUCCGCUGAGAUUCCAAAUAUCAAUGAAGAUCCAGAGUUGUAUUCACUUGUAAGUGAAUUCAUGAUACAAGGUCCUUGUGGAGCUGAAAAUAUGAAUUGCCCAUGCAUGGUUGACAAGCAAUGUUCGAAAAAUUUUCCCAAGCAAUUCUGUAAUCAUUCUUCAGUUGAUGUCAACGGUUACCCCUUAUAUAUGAGAAGAAACAAAGGAUAUUUUGUCGAAAAAUCAGGUGUCAAGUUAGACAACAGAAAUGUUGUUCCAUAUAACAAAUAUCUGUUGAAAAGAUAUCAGGCACACAUUAAUGUUGAAUGGUGCAAUCAGGGAUCUUCCAUAAAGUAUUUGUUUAAAUAUAUAAACAAAGGUCCAGAUAGAGCUACAAUUGUUGUUGACAUCAACACUGAUUCUCAUCAAGAAAAGGUUGUGGAUGAAAUAAAUGAUUAUUAUGAUUGUAGAUAUAUAUCUGCAUGUGAAGCAUCAUGGCGAAUAUUUAAAUAUGAUGUUCAUUACCGAUAUCCUUCUGUGAUGCGACUACCUUUUCAUCUUCCUGAUCAACAACAAGUCAUAUAUGCUGCAGACGAUGAUAUUGACAAUGUUCUUGAACAACCUUCAGUUGUUGCUUCAAUGUUCACAUCUUGGAUGGAAUGUAAUAAAAUUAAUAAAGAUGCACGGAAACUUACAUAUGUUGAAUUUCCUACAAAGUUUGUUUGGAAACCUGAUGAUAGGUUGUGGAAGCCAAGGAAAAUUGGACGUUCAAUAGGAAGGAUUCACUCUGUUUCACCUAAACUCGGCGAAAUAUACUUCUUACGGAUUCUUUUAAAUAAAGUGAAAGGUCCAAAAUCAUUUGAAGAAAUUCGUACGGUAAAUGGUGAAGAAUUUCCUACUUUUCGAGAUGCAUGUUAUGCUUUGGGCCUCUUAGAUGACGACAAAGAAUACGUCAAUGCAAUUAAGGAAGCAAGUCAUUCAGGAACUGGUUUUUAUCUGCGUUUCUUAUUUGCUACGAUGUUAAUGUCUAACAGUUUGGGUAGACCAGAGUUUGUUUGGGAAAAUACAUGGCAACACUUGUCGGAUGGUUUAUCACUCAAUGAGGAUCAACUUAAAAACCUUACUUUGUUCGAGAUCGAACAGAUUUUACUUCGUAACAACACCAGUCUUAAAAAUUAUAAACAAAUGCCUUACCCUGAUUCUGAUACAGUUUCUUCUUCAACAAAUCGCCUUAUCAUGGAGGAGCUAGACUAUGACAUACCGAUUUUAAAGAAAGAGUUUGAUCGUAUGUUUGAUGCAUUAACAAACGAGCAACGCAAUAUUUUUCUUGAUAUAAUGAAUACAGUCAAUGAGAACAAAGGAGGUGUGUUUUUUGUGUAUGGAUAUGGUGGAACGGGCAAAACAUUUCUUUGGAAGACAAUAUCUGCAGCAAUUAGAUGUAAUGGUGAUAUAGUUUUAAAUGUUGCUUCAAGUGGUAUUGCAUCGUUAUUAUUGCCUGGAGGAAGGACAGCACACUCUCGGUUUAUAAUUCCGUUGAAUCUUACGGAGGAUUCUGUUUGUAAGAUACCGCCUGAUAGCGAACUCGACAGAUUAAGGGGUGGUGGAGCAGGCAUAAGAAAAGGUGAAAAAAUCAUUGAUGACGUUGUUGACGAAGGCGACGUCGCUGGCAAGGGCAACGUUGCUAGCGGAGGCGAUGACCGGUUGGUGGCGGAUGGUUGUAGAUCGGAGAGACGGUGGGAGGGAGACAUGGCCAAUGUCGUGUGA